GACAUAAAGGGAGCUGGGUGGGGAGAGGAGCCGGGGAUGGUUUAUGGGGUGGCCCACAGCGGGCACUGGGUAUUCUAUCAGGGGUAUAUGAUAGGCAGGGACACAGACGGGUGAAUUAUCAAGGUGCACGUACACACAGCUCUGAAACCCACAAGGGAAGGGUCGGUACAGGGGCACAGUAGGGUGGUACCCAGAGAGCGUGGCCUGCCCUGAGUUACAUGUGACCCCAUGUUAUUGGUUUGCUCCCUGCAGCAUUAAGGGGAACCCCCCUCCAGCACAGUAGCAGAGGGGAGCUCACGACUGGGGAGAUCAAGGAAAACCCUGGGGACCAUCACAGCAGCAGCCAGCCAUGGAGGAGGAGACCUGCAUGCCCCUCAUCCCAUUUGCUAAGCAGUCCAAGAUGGUAAGCAGAUAUAAACCAGAAUCUAACACCACGGAGCUUCCCACCCAUCAGCAAGGCCCGUGUUACAACACUGAUGAAUUCUGGAGCGGGCUCAGCCGGCGGCCAAGCCCGCACUGGAUGGAAGAAUACAGGGAAGCCUCACCCCUGCUGAGGUCUAGCUCAGCUGUCCACAGGCCUGAUGCUCAGACAGACUCAGGCUCCUGGCAAGUGCUAGCUGUCCCGCAGGCGCUCCCCUCUCCUCGGGAGCUGUGUCGGAGGAGAAACGGCCUGAAACGAAAGAGACUGGAGAACGGUAGCGUGAUGUCGGUCUGUUACCACCUGGAGGAUCUGAAGAAACGGCAAAGCAGCAUUGAUCAGUUGAAGCGGUGGAAAUGGGGUGGAUACGGAUCCCCAGCCGACUCUGAAGGGCUUGAAGGCCCUGCUGUCUUUCUCGCAGAAGAAUUGCAAAGUGGAAGAGACCUGCUGAGCCGUUACGAACCAAGACCUUCCUGGCUCUGUGGAGAGGAGUCUUUUGUUAGCAGCAGCGGGCAGUGGAGCCACAGCCGCAGCAUGGGAGAGCAGCAAGGGACCCCCGAGGAAAGCUGGGUGGUCUCCUCCCUCGUGGCCAUGGCAGACCGACCCCAGCCGCCGGUCAGGUGCCUGCCUGAGGAAGCCUUCUGGGGCUUUAGGCACCAGCCAGAAGAGUGAUCUUGAAGUGCUCAGCGUUAGUGUGGGGGAUGGAGGGCACUAUCACCCACGCACGCUUGCAGCAGACCUUCUAUUGAAAGUGGAUUAACUCUCCUCUCCUGGCAUCAGGUGACAGGAGAGCGA